CUUCGUUUUUGUCUCCAGCUUCUUCUUUUUUUUUUUUCUCUCACGCGAAAGCUCUGAUCUUUAAGGGUUAUCUUCGAUUUGAUCACGAGAGUUUCAGGAUUUGGAUUCGUAGUCAAUUUCCAGAUUCAAGGGUUUUGGUUGUUUGAUCUUCUACUUUGUGCCGUGUUGUGUUGUGAAUGGUUCACGGAUCUUCCGAAAUUGGGGGCGAUUUUUAUUCUAGGGUUUCGGUGAAAUGUUAUCUGCGAUAAUUCUUCUGUAGAUCGCUUCUUCUCUGGUGAGUUCCUCUGAGGUCGAGAUUUUCAAGCUCCGUGUUAUCUGAUUUGAAGUUAAUUUCUGUGGAGGAGGUUUGAGAUUUGGUUUGUGAAACAACCUGUGAGGAUUCAGCUGUUGGUGCUUCAAAUGGUCUUUUGUAAAUGAGUUGUAGAAGCUGGUGAGAUUAUAUCUGUGGAAUAUCUUUGCUUAACGAUGGUUGAAAGUGCUGCGUUCCCGGGAGGGUAUUAUCGGAAUACUUUUGAAGCGCCUAAUGAAUCAGAGGGCUCUGGGAGCUCUGCACAGAUUGAUACUGAGGUCACUGCAUCUGAGAAUUCAAGUACUCCUGCACGAAAGUGUAUUAUGUUGAAUUCUAAUGAUGAAGAUCCUUAUGGUGUCCAGAGGCAAGUCAUUUCCCUAUAUAAUAUGACCCAGUCUGAGAGGAGGGAUUUGAUAUAUCGGCUCAAACUGGAGCUGGAGCAGACAAAAAUAGUUCUUAGAAAUGCUGAGUUGCAGAGAAUUAAUCCAGCUGCUAUGUCAUCUACUAGUGAUAGGGUGGGUUUUAGCACUGGUCAAAAGCUAUCAUCCCGAGUCAGCAAUAUAAAGAAGCCAUCUGAUUUUGCAAUGGGAUCAGGAAAGAAAGUUCGGCAUCAGACUGGGACUUCUCGUGGAUGGAAUCGUGGAACCUCAGGGAAGUUUGAGUCUUCGAAAGAGUCUAUGACUAGCAUUCCUAACAUCACACUGAUGAAGCAAUGUGACACGCUGCUGAAAAAAUUGUGGUCCCAUCCACAUUCUUGGAUUUUUCAGGCGCCAGUUGAUGUGGUAAAACUGAACAUACCUGACUAUCUCACCAUCAUCAAACAUCCCAUGGACUUAGGGACAGUGAAGAAGAACUUAGCUUCUGGUGUAUAUUCAAGCCCACAUGAGUUUGCUGCUGAUGUAAGGCUUACAUUUACCAAUGCAAUGACAUAUAAUCCUCCAGGACAUGAUGUUCACAUCAUGGGAGAUAUACUUAGUAAAUUAUUUGAAGCACGGUGGAAAACUAUAGAAAAAAAACUACCAGGGUGUAGCAUGCAAACGUUGCCUGCAAUAUCACUGGAGCCCAAGGAAGAAGGGAAAGCUGCUAUAGCUGUCCCUCCGGCGAAGAAGAGAAAGAUGGCUUCACCUGUUAGAGAAAGUGUUCCCGAAUCCGUGAAGCCACUUAUGACAGCAGAGGAGAGACAUAGAUUGGGCACACAACUCGAAUCACUACUCGACGAACUUCCUGCACAUAUAAUUGACUUUUUAAAGAAGCACAGUUCGAAUGGAGGAGAAAUUGCAGAAGAUGAAAUUGAGAUAGACAUUGAUGUUCUCAGUGAUGAAGUACUGGUGACUCUUCGAAACCUUCUUGAUGAAUAUAUACAAAAUAAAGAAGCAAAGCAGGCGAAUGUUGAACCGUGUGAAAUAGAGCUUAUUAAUGGAUCAGGACCGAGCAGUUCGUCGCUUCAACGAGGAAACGAAUUGGCUGAUGAGUAUGUCGGUGGAAAUGAACCUCCUAUCUCAAGGAGCUCCAGUGAUUCGGAGUCUGCUAGCUCGGAAGAUCUAUCUAAUGACGCUAAACCCAUGGUUCAAGAGGAUUCUUCCAAGAUUCCUGAAACUGCAAAUUCUGAAGCGCAAAGAGAUGAAAUUACAAGAAUUGAUUUUGAAGGAAGUCAGUCUACUGGUGCGCUGGAGCAGAUGGAUAUUUGUUCUCAGCAAAAGCCUGGUUCUGAUGAAUCAGAUGGCCAACAUGAGGGAAAUAUUUUAGAGACUCCAGUUUCAUCUGAGAAGCGCUAUAGAGCUGCACUGUUGAAGAAUCGGUUUGCAGAUAUCAUUCUAAAAGCACGCGAGAAACCACUUCCACAGAAUGGUAUUAAAGGUGAUCCAGAAAGGCUGCGCAAAGAAAGAGAAGAACUUGAACUCCAAAAGAAGAAAGAGAAAGCGCGGCUACAAGCUGAAGCAAAGGCUGCUGAAGAUGCUCGUCGCCAAGCUGAAGCAGAGGCCGCUGCAGAAGCUGCUGCUGAGGCUAAGCGGAAGAGAGAACUCGAAAGAGAAGCCGCUCGCCAAGCUUUAUUAAAGAUGGAGAAAACUGUAGAAAUCAAUGAGAACUCGCGGUUUCUGGAGGACCUAGAGAUGUUGAGUUCAAGUGCACCUGAGCAAUUACCAAGCUCAGCUGAUGAAACCAGUCCGGAGAGACCUUUAGAUGCACUUGGAAGUUUCAACCUCAGAGGAAGACCUUUAGAUGCACUUGGAAGUUUCAGCCUCAGAGGGAGUAACCCACUUGAGCAACUCGGACUGUACAUGAAGCAAGAUGAUGAUGAAGAAGAACCCGAGGCUCGUGCGAUACCAAAACCUGAUGAAACCAGCCCGGAGAGACCGUUGGACGCUCUUGGAAGUUUCAACCUAGGAGGAAGUAACCCUCUUGAGCAACUCGGACUGUACAUGAAACAAGACGAUGAUGAAGAAGAAACCGAGGCUCCUGCGGUUCCAAAUCCCGAUGAAACCAGCCCCGAGAGACCUUUAGACGCACUUGGAGGUUUCAACCUGAAAGGAAAUAACGCCCUUGAGCAACUUGGACUGUACAUGAAACGAGACGAUGAUGAAGAAGAACCCGAGGCUCAGGCUCCCGCUGUUCCAAAAAUAGCCAACGACGUGGAAGAAGGUGAAAUCGAUUGAAAAAAAGCGAAGAAGUGUAUAUAACAUAUACAUGUACUAUAUAUAAAACAAUAGCCAGGGCGGGGCAGGUACACAAGAAGAAAGGCAUUAGCCAUUUAGCCCUUCUUAAGAGAAGGUCCAAUCUUUUUGCUCAUUGUUUAAAUGAGUAAUGGACUGGAUCUUUCUCUUAAGCCAGUGUGGUGUUUAAUAUGUAAAAGAGUAAGCAAACGCUUAGUAGCUUUUUGCCACGAGACUUCAUUAAAAAAAAAAAAAAAAAAACAACAACAAAAAGAACAAAGUCAAAGACCAUUGUUUGUUUGUGUAAGAAUCUUCUUAUCUUUACAUUUGUUCUUAAUGAUUCUCUGUAGUAGUACUGAUUCUGCCUUUUUUCCAA